AUGCUGUCGACUCGUGUAUCUGGGAUAUGUUGGGCGAGGUCUAUUGGGGCGGCGGUCCCCCUGCAGUUGCGGCUCCGGCUGCUGCACACGGAGCGGGUACGUGUGAAGGAUGUCACUAACCUGCGGCCGAGCACUCGGGCUGACUUCGUCGCGUCGACGAACUCGAAGUUGCAGUCGCUGAUCUGGCAACGGCCCCUGCAGAAUGUGUUUAUCACGAAGAAGCCGUGGACUGCGUCGACGAGGGACGCAAUGGUGGAGUUUAUCUCACACUUGCACGGGUCGUACCCUGAGGUGAACGUGAUAGUGACGGAGGAUGUCGCUGAGGAGAUCAGGGGGGACCUCGAGACGACUGUGUCUGAUAGUGGGAAACAUAUACUGUACACGGGCCCCCCCGAGGCGAUUGUUGCUCGGACGGACUUGCUAGUGACUUUGGGAGGUGAUGGUACAAUUCUCCAUGGGGUGUCUACAUUUGGGAACUUACAAGUCCCGCCCGUCUUGUCCUUCUCCCUGGGGACGCUCGGGUUCCUACUACCGUUCGACUUUAAGGAACACCGGGAGGUUUUCCGUGAGGUGAUCGGUUCUCGAGCCAAGUGUCUCCAUCGGACGAGACUCGAGUGCCACGUCGUGAGGAAGGACCCAGCGUCAGGUAAAGCUGACAAGCGGGACAUUCACCUCGUGGAUCAAGCGAUGAACGAUAUCUUCCUGCACAGGGGCAGCCUGCCACACUUGACGAACUUGGACAUCUACAUCGACGGUGACUUUCUGACGCGGACGACCGCAGACGGGGUGAUCCUUUCCACGCCCACUGGUUCGACCGCGUACUCACUGAGUGCCGGUGGGUCGAUUGUGUCCCCACUAGUACCGAGCAUUCUACUGACGCCGAUCUGCCCGCGGUCACUGUCCUUCCGCCCGCUAAUUCUACCACACUCAUCGCACAUCCGCAUCAAGAUCGGGGCAAAGAUGAACCAGCGGCCCGCGAAUACACCCUUGGGAGGUCAAUCAUCAUCAGCAGCCGCUACAGAGUGCAAUGGUCUGCCGCAGGAACACCGCCACGUCGUGAACUUGUCAAUUGACGGGUUCCCGCAGCAGGACCUGCACAUCGGCGACGAGAUCCACGUCGUGAACGAAGUCGGGACGAUAUACAUCGACGGGACGCAACUCCCGGCGCAGAAGUCGAAGGAGGUGUUGAACAAGACGAAGAGCGCGACGAAGCAAGCUGGGAUUUACUGCGUCGCCAAGUCCGAGAACGACUGGACCCGUGGGCUCAACGACCUUCUGGGUUUCAAUUCAAGUUUCCGCUUUACAAGACGGCACAAGGACAACUGA